GGUGGUGGUGGUGGUGGUGGUAAGCUGACCCCGUCCUCUCGACUAGUGCUACCUCACAGUGCUGAUUUCGACCACGUCAACUGUGCUUGUGUGGCCGACCUCGAUUUCGAUGGACUCCCAGAGAUUGUUGUAGGCACUUUCGGUCAGCAGCUGCUCUUCUACGAUUGGUGUGGCAAGCCUCAUUCGCCAACUGAGGGCUCCUACACUGAGAGUGGAGUGUGUGUGAAUGUUCUUAUCGCCUCCUCUGUCUCCUCUUACUCCCUUAGUUUGGUGCAUCAGCGUCGGAUGGUGGGUGCGGUUCACAGCUUGGAAUGCGGUGGCGAAUGUGACUUUCUUGGUGACGGCAUGUACUGCAUAGCAGUCUUGACAUCUCACGGCCUCCAUCUGCUGCAAUGCGCUCACCUCCUCGACUUUUGUGUGCCUCUCCUCGCCGCUCGUCUUCGUUCUCUCCCCUCCAACUUCCAAUGUUCAUGA